AUGGCAGGUCCGACAGCUGUCGCUAACAACGCCGGCCCAGCUGCCAUCCCGCCCGUCAUGCAAGCGGCAGUGGAUGCUCGUGCUACUAAGCAAAGAACUACAAGGACGUCCAUCCCGACACAAUCUGGAAAAUGGAUUCUUGGCAAGACAAUUGGUGCUGGUAGUAUGGGUAAAGUGAAGCUUGCCCGGAAGGAAGAUGGCACAGAACAAGUCGCAUGCAAAAUUAUUCCUCGAGGCUCUACCGAAGAUGGCCAUCACAGUCGAGCCGAUAAAGAAAGGGCCGACCAGUCGAAAGAAAUCCGAACAGCGCGAGAGGCAGCUAUCGUAACCCUUCUACAACACCCACACAUCUGCGGCAUGCGAGAUGUGGUCCGAACCAAUUAUCAUUGGUACAUGCUCUUCGAAUACGUAAAUGGAGGCCAAAUGCUAGAUUAUAUUAUCUCUCACGGAAAAUUAAAGGAAAAGCAAGCGAGAAAAUUUAGCAGACAGAUUGCCAGCGCCCUAGACUAUUGCCACCGGAAUAGCAUAGUGCAUCGAGAUCUUAAGAUCGAAAACAUACUUAUCAGUAAGACUGGCGACAUCAAGAUCAUUGAUUUUGGUCUUAGCAACCUCUUCGCGCCUCGUGGUCAUCUCAAAACAUUCUGCGGAAGUUUGUAUUUCGCGGCUCCCGAACUGUUACAGGCCCGAGCCUACACAGGUCCCGAGGUUGACGUAUGGAGUUUUGGUAUCGUUUUAUAUGUGUUAGUGUGCGGAAAAGUCCCAUUCGAUGACCAGAGCAUGCCAGCUCUUCAUGCGAAGAUCAAGAAGGGAGAUGUAGACUAUCCUAGCUGGCUAUCUAAUGAAUGCCGAAAUCUACUCUCCCGUAUGCUAGUCACUAGUCCCAGACAGAGGGCGACAAUGUUCGAAGUCAUGAACCACCCCUGGAUGAUCAAGGGGUAUGGUGGGCCGCCCGAGAAUUACUUACCUACCCGCGAACCAUUGACGCUCCCGCUCGAACCAGAAGUCAUCAGUGCCAUGACUGGAUUUAACUUCGGCCCUCCGGAGAUGAUCAAGGCACAACUUACGAGAGUAAUUGAAUCUGAUGAAUACAAGCGAGCGGUGGCUCUCCUUCAGAAAGAGAAGGAAGCGCCCCCUGCCCCUAAAGAUGUGGAGAAGAAGCGAGGGUUUGGAUUCGACUUCUAUAAACGACGCAACUCAGGAAGCAGUCGUGAUAACUUAACGACCCCAAGCACGGAUGCUCUUCAGCUUGGUGCCGACCCGCUUAAUGCUUUUAGCCCUCUUAUUUCCAUCUACUAUCUAGUGAAGGAGAAACAAGACCGGGAUAAGGUAGACGCCGUGCCAAAAUCACAUACGCCCAAGAACGUCGCGGACUCCCCAAUGCCGGAAAUCGUGCCACCCCCCGAGGCACACACGAAUACAGCAGCUUACGAGAUGGCCGGAGAGAAGGCUACCGGCGGAAGAUCAAGACCUCGUGCUAGGACCCAUGGUGAAGACGACGCCCCAGAAGAAGCGAAGAAAGCCCCGCCCUCGCCGAAUGUGCUAGUUCCUCCUGAGACUCCUGUGGAUCCGCCUCAGAAGAAGGAAAGUGCAGCUGCUGGUAUUCUUAGGCGGUUCAGCACUAGACGCCGUAAGGAACCAGAAAGGCUCGACAAGGACCGUUCGCAUCCACCGGUAGUCCACGUUCAUUCGCCAACCGAACCCCCAACGACGCCACGGAAAAGUUUCAGCAUACGCAGAUCAAGGCGAGAACGAGAUGAGGACGACCACCCACCGACUAGACUGCGUUCUGGGAGUAGUCAGCCACAACAUAGAGACUUACUUAGCCCACCACUCUCGGCCGGUGGUAACUUAUCCGGCAGCAAUAAAGGUCUUGGGCGGUCGACUAGCGUAAGCUCAGCAGAAUUUAGGAGACGACCGUUUGGUUCUGCGCACAAAAUUGCCAAAGACCCACCGCCUACUAGCGGUUCCGACCAAUCAGCGGCUACCGAUAAAAUUACGCCCGAGCCCAAGAGUGCUUUGAAUCCUCGCGCUGCCUCUAUGAGGGCUCGGCCGUUGGGCCAUGCACGCCGGGAGAGCAUCCAAGCGCGGAGGGCUCGCAGGGGAGAAACUCGUGCCGCCGAUGUCCCCGAAGAGACGGACCAGGAACUUGGUGAGGCAAGUGGAAAUUCGGCGGAGCGCCUAGACGACUCGGAGUUAGCUAAACCAGUUUUUCUGAAAGGUCUCUUUAGUGUCUCGACAACGUCGACCAAAUCGGUACCUGCCAUUCGUACGGAUGUUAAGCGGGUAUUGAGACAGCUUGGUGUUGAUUACACGGAGAUCCGUGGAGGAUUCUCCUGUCGCCAUACGCCUAGCAUUGACCUUAAGAAAGGAGGAGAUACACCGGGUAGCCCCGCGCCUACGCCUGGUCACCGUCGUAGGUUUAGCUUUGGUAUCAGGACCGAGCGUGAUCGUGAAGAAAUCCGAGAUAUGGAUCGAGUUCCGCCCACACCACGGACGCCUGGAAGAGUAGCAGCCGAUAGGAGUGACUCAACCUCGGAGGUUUCCGACGCGGAUAGCAUUCAGCGAGACGCAACUGGAUCAUCGAGGAGAGUACCGGGUGAGACAACCACACACGUACAGAGCGACUUAGGUGGUAAUAUGGUCCUAGAAUUCGAGAUCUUCAUUGUUAAGGUUCCCCUGCUUUCGUUGCAUGGAAUUCAGUUCAAGCGUAUGGAAGGAAAUACGUGGCAAUUCAAGAAUUUGGCAGACCAAAUAUUAAAGGAGUUGCGUCUAUAA